AUGGCAGCUGAAAGCAACGGCAAUGGAACUCUGGAAUCUUAUCUUAAGCUUCCUCAGAUAAAGUUCACCAAGCUCUUCAUCAAUGGCCAGUUCGUUGACUCUGUUUCAGGAAGGACAUUUGAGACAAUAGACCCAAGAACAGGGGAGGUGAUUGCAAACAUUGCAGAAGGGGACAAAAAAGAUGUUGACUUGGCUGUUCAGGCUGCUCGUGAUGCAUUUGACCACGGCCCUUGGCCUCGUCUCCCUGGCGUCGAGAGGCGAAAGAUACUCAUGAAGUUUGCAGACUUGAUUGAUGAACAUACCGAAGAGUUAGCCAAGUUGGAUGCAAUCGACGCCGGGAAAUUGGUACACCUGGCUAAGAUUAUGGAAAUUCCGGAAGCAGCAGAAACUCUGCGAUAUUAUGCAGGUGCAGCCGAUAAAAUUCAUGGCGAAACACUAAAAAUGUCAAGGGAGCUUCAAGGAUACACACUGCACGAGCCCAUGGGCGUUGUAGGACACAUUAUUCCCUGGAACUUCCCCAGUACUAUGUUUACCAUGAAAGUUGGCCCUGCUUUGGCUGCUGGUUGUACCAUGAUUGUCAAGCCUGCCGAACAGACCCCACUUUCGGCUCUUUAUUAUGCUCAUUUAGCCAAGCUGGCUGGCAUCCCUGAUGGAGUUCUUAAUGUUGUAACUGGAUUUGGACAUACUGCUGGAGCUGCACUUAGCUCACAUAUGGAUGUUGACAUGAUAAGUUUUACAGGGUCUACUGAGGUAGGGCGCCUCGUAAUGCAGGCCGCGGCAACAAGUAACUUAAAGCCUGUAUGCCUAGAACUGGGAGGAAAGUCCCCUUUCAUGAUUUUCGACGAUGCGGAUGUUGACAAGGUUGCUGAACUAGCCCUACAGGGAUCCUAUUUCAACAAGGGAGAAAUAUGUGUAGCUGGAUCUCGUGUUUUUGUUCAAGAAGGAAUCUAUGUCAAGUUCUUGAUCAAGUUGAAAGAGAAAGUCAAGAAUUGGGUGGUUGGCGAUCCUUUCGAACCGACUUCUCAUUAUGGACCCCAAGUUGACAAGAAACAAUAUGAGAGAGUACUUUCAUAUAUCGAGAAGGGCAAGAAGGAAGGAGCCACAUUAUUCCAUGGCGGCAAGGCUCUUGACAGAAAGGGUUACUACAUUGAGCCUACAAUAUUCAUUGAUGUCACAGAUGAUAUGACCAUCGCGAAGGAAGAAAUUUUCGGCCCCGUGAUGUCCAUAUUCAAGUUCAAGACGGUCGAGGAAGUGAUUAAGAGAGCGAAUGCGAGUAAGUACGGGCUAGCAGCCGGAGUUAUGACUAAUGACUUGAACAUCGCCAACACAGUCUCAAGAUCGAUUCGGGCUGGUGCGAUUUGGAUGAACUGUUAUUUUGCCUUUGACAGAGAUAGCCCAUAUGGGGGCUACAAAAUGAGCGGGUUUGGCAGAGAUUUGGGUAUGGAUGGACUCAAGAAGUACCUUCAAGUUAAAUCAGUUGUAACACCAAUUUACAAUUCACCUUGGCUUUAA